AACUUGAAAAUUCACGAAUCAUGUGACACAGUGACUGCCUACUGUGUUUGACAGUUCUUCUAUGAAGUAGUUCCUUCUUCUCCAUACAUCAGCAGAUUUGACAACUUACGGUGCCGCGAUGUUACCGUUUGACGAGAUUCUGAGCCGGUACGUCGGUGAGUUCGGCUGGUACCAGCGCUGGGUGAUGUUCCUCAUGUGUUUCGCCGAGGUCCCCGUGGGGUUCCACAUGCUAUCGGCGGUGUUCCUGGCCGGCAGUCCCGUCCACCACUGCACGGUGCCGGGCCUGCAGACCAUGCAACAGUGCCGGCCUAUAGGGAAAGCCUUGGACAUGAGUGUACCAUGGACAGAGAAUGAACAAGGGGGCCGAACUUACAGUAAAUGCACAAGGUACGACCUCCCCAAGGGAAGCUUCAACGUGAGUUCCGCGGCGUUUUGGCAUAUCCACUCCCCCGAGAGUCUGUCAGCCGGCGGGACCCUCAGCUGUGACCGGGGCUGGGAGUACGACUGUGAAACCUUCACUUCUACUAUAGUCACGGAGUGGGACCUGGUGUGUUCUAGUAACUGGUUAAAGCAGCUGACGACGUCCCUGUACAUGGUGGGACUGCUGUUCGGAGCGGUUGUUUUUGGAGACAUGGCGGACAGGUUUGGUCGACGCCCGGCCUACCUCCUAUGUCUGCUAGUCCAGUGUGUGUUCGGAGUGGCCACGACGUUUGCACCCAACCUGGUUCUGUUCGUCAUCUUCCGCUUCUUCGUCGGCGCCGCCACGUCAGGCGUCAUCAUCGUGUCCGCAGUCAUAGCUGCUGAGUUCGUGGGCCCCACAGAGCGGGUGAAGGUUGGGGUGUUACGCCCGGUGUUCUACGCCGUGGGAGGGAUGAUCAUGGCGGGAGUAGCGUACGGGAUCCGCGACUGGAGACUCCUGCAGCUUGCCAUCUCACUGUCGAACCUGCUAUACAUCCCCUACUACUGGUGGUGCCCGGAGAGUCCACGGUGGCUGCUGUCACGUGACAAGGCCAAGGCCAAGGAGAUUAUUCUCAAGAUGGCGGCGACAAACGGCGUGAACCUCCCCGGUCACGUGCUGGAGGAGAAACUUGGGGAGGACUCUGGCACAAAGAACGAAACAGAACAAGAAGAGACACGCAGAAAUUACACCGUACUGGACCUUCUGCGCACGCCCAACAUGAGAAUGAGGACCCUCAUCAUCUUUUCCAUUUGGUUUGUGAACAGUUGUGUGUUCUACGGUGUAUCCCUGAACAUUACUGACCUGAGCGGAGACGUCCACGUCAACUUCCUCAUCUCCUGCGCCGUGGAAGUUCCCGCCUACGCCUCUCUACUCUUUCUACAAGAAAGGUUCGGCAGGAAGAUUCCGGUGUUGGCGUAUGAACUGUUGACAGGAGUGGGUCUGAUUAUCACUGCAGCUCUUCCCGCAGGAGGUUUGCGGUUGACUCUGGCGAUGAUCUCCAAGUUCUGCAUCACGGGCGGCGCUCAGGGGGUGAUGAUUUACACAGUAGAGCUGUUCCCUACUGUCAUAAGGAAUCUCGGGAUGGGUUCCGCCUCCACGUCAGCCCGUGUCGGCGCCACCAUCUCGCCCUUCAUGUGGCUCCUGGCGGACGUCUGGCGGCCGGCUCCCUUCCUGCUCUUCGGCGUGAUGACGGUGUUGGGCGGGCUGCUCUGCAUGCUGCUGCCCGAGACCAAGGGCGAACAGCUGCCGCAGACUCUGGAGGACGGCGAGGAGUUCGGGAAAGGGUGA